ACACCCACAGGGCCCGAACUGAGAAAGCCGAACUGAAAUCCCGCGAGGACCCUCUCGGGUUGCCAAAAGGAAGGUGGAACAUUUCUCUUUUGGAGGCGGGCUCCUCGGGGGGACCGGACCGGAAGUGACGCGAGUGGGUUCCGGUUGGCUGGAGCCCAGCGGCGGGUGUGAGAGUCGGUGCUGGGAGCCGCUUCCAGGAUCCUGAGAUCCGGAGAAGCCGGGGUCUGAGCGGCUCCUCCAGAGUUACUGAUCUAUGAAAUGGCAGAAAAUGGAAAAAAUUGUGACCAGAGACGUGUAGCAAUGAGUAAGGAGCAGCAUAAUGGGAGUUUUCCAGACCCCUCUUCAGUACAUGAAAAGAAGAGAAGGGAUCGGGAAGAAAGACAGAAUAUUGUCCUGUGGAGACAGCCGCUCAUUACCUUGCAGUAUUUUUCUCUGGAAACUCUUGUAGUUUUGAAGGAAUGGACCUCAAAAUUGUGGCAUCGUCAGAGCAUUGUGGUGUCGUCUUUCCUGCUGCUUGCUGUGCUUAUCACUACGUAUUAUGUGGAAGGAGCGCACCAACAGUAUGUGCAGCGGAUAGAGAAGCAGUUUCUUUUGUAUGCCUACUGGAUAGGCUUGGGGAUUUUGUCCUCUGUUGGACUUGGAACAGGAUUGCACACCUUCCUGCUCUAUCUGGGCCCACAUAUAGCUUCAGUUACAUUAGCUGCUUAUGAAUGCAAUUCGGUUAAUUUCCCUGAGCCACCCUAUCCUGACCAGAUUAUCUGUCCACAUGAAGAAGGCAUUGAAGGAGCCGUUUCUUUGUGGAGUAUCAUCUCAAAAGUUAGAAUUGAGGCCUGCAUGUGGGGUAUUGGUACAGCCAUUGGAGAGCUACCUCCAUAUUUCAUGGCCAGGGCGGCUCGCCUCUCGGGUACUGAACCAGAUGAUGAAGAGUAUCAGGAAUUUGAAGAGAUGCUGGAACAUGCAGAGGGUGCACAAGACUUUGCAUCACGGGCAAAACUGGCAGUUCAAAACCUAGUACAGAAAGUUGGAUUUUUUGGAAUUUUGGCCUGUGCUUCUAUUCCAAAUCCUCUGUUUGACCUGGCUGGAAUAACAUGUGGACACUUCCUUGUACCGUUUUGGACCUUCUUUGGUGCAACCCUGAUUGGAAAAGCAAUCAUUAAAAUGCAUAUCCAGAAAAUCUUUGUUAUAAUAACUUUCAGCAAGCACAUCGUGGAACAGAUGGUGGCUUUCAUUGGCGCUGUCCCCGGCAUAGGUCCGUCUCUGCAGAAACCUUUCCAGGAGUACCUGGAGGCGCAGCGCCAGAAGCUCCACCACCGAAGCAGCGAAGUGGGCACCCCGCAGGGAGAAAACUGGUUGUCCUGGAUGUUUGAGAAGCUGGUCGUCGUGAUGGUGUGUUACUUUAUCCUGUCUAUUAUUAACUCCAUGGCACAAAGUUAUGCCAAACGAAUCCAGCAGCGUUUGAACUCAGAGGAGAAAACUAAAUAAGCAGAGAAAGUUUUUCUUUGCAGAAGUUAGCAUGGAGGGGUCCUGCCUUAACAUUGGGAGGGCUCCAACCAGGAAGGAAGAUCCCCUCUUCCAGCCUAUAUUGAUUUUUAAAGCAUUCUUCCUGAAGCAGUUUAGUCCAUAUUUUACACUGACAUCCUUUUCCUUUAUGUGUUAAGGUAAGGUCUCCGCCCUCCGUUCAAUCCACAUUGUAUUUCCUUAGGGUGGAUGUGAUACUCUGCUGGAGACUCAACCAAAAUUGGCCUUCUGUUAACGUUCAAGGGCCACAUGGUACAAUUGGAGAACCCCUGCCACCCAAACAUUCUAAAGUAUGUUAAAUAUGACAGGCUUUUUAGGCUUGUCACAAAUGAUUGUUUUUUCUAAGUCAUCAAAUGUAUAUAAGUUAUAUAUAUUGGAUAGCAGUCUUGCAUGUCUAUCAUGGAACAAUUUAAUAUGCCUUCCUUUCCCACCCUCAAAAAGGCCAUUUUAUGAUGCAUUGCACACCCUCUGGGGAAAUUGAUCUUUAAAUUUUGAGACAGUAUAAGGAAAAUCUGGUUGGUGUCUCACAAGUGAGUACACCAUUUUUUAUUCUGUAUAUUUAGAAUGAAGUCGUGAAAACCUUUAUAAAGACAUCUUUGAUCAUUCCGAAA